UGGCUACGACGAAAGAACUCGGCAUAGACAGUUUUUCUCUCAUCUUUUUUCCAGCUCCCAUCCCAUGCAUAUGCAUGCUUUAUCCAUCCCUCCACUAUUAUUACGUAGCCACCAAGGAACGAUUCAGCAAUAGAAAAGGCAGCUACUACUUUAUUCCUUCUUCUUUUCUUUUCUUUUUUGCAGGGAACUACUUUAUUCCUUGGUGAAAGCUGCUGCCUUUCCUUCACACUACUACUGAUUACUAUAUAUACUAACUCACAUUCCCUACUCACGACCGAUCGAUCAUACUUAUUUCCUUCCUACUUCCUCCUGAGGCGUGAGGAACAGCAGGAUGGCAUCCUCCUCCUCAAUCGUCCAGGUCGUCAGUGAGUCCACCUUGGACAGCGACGUCGUCCCCUCCUCGCUCAUCGAGAUUGCACCCUUCCUCCGUGUCGCCAACGAGGUCGAGGCCAUCAACCCACGCGUCGCAUACCUAUGUCGAUUCCAUGGCGGAUUCGAGAAGGCGCAUCGCCUCGACCCGCUCUCCAAUGGACGUGGUGUCCGGCAGUUCAAGAUCGCGCUCCUGCAGAGGCUCGAAAGGGAAAACGACCCCACCUUGAAGGGAAGGGUUGAACAGAGCGAUGUUGUCGAAAUAAAGAAUUUCUACCAGCAAUACUACAAGAUGUACAUCCAGGCGCUCCAGAAUGCUGCAGAUAAAGCUGAACGUGAUCAGCUCACAAAGGCUUACCAGACUGCAGCUGUGUUGUUUGAGGUCCUCAAGGCAGUUAAUCAGACGAUUUCCGAAACACACAACCACGUCGAUCCUGAUAGUUCUAUCAUGCGAUGUCCCAAGAUCCAUGCCGCUUAUCACGCCCUUCGUGACACCAAGGGUCUGCCAUGGCCCAAGGACCAUGAAAAGAAUGCUGAUGCAGAUCUUCUUGAAUGGCUUCAGGCAAUGUUUGGGUUUCAGAAAGAUAAUGUGUCCAAUCAAAGAGAACAUCUCAUACUCUUGAUUGCCAGCAUGCAUAUAAGGCAGAUCUCCAAACAUGAACAACACCCAAAGUUAGAUGACCAUGUGUUGGAUACAACAAUGAAGAAGCUAUUCAAGAACUACAAGAGAUGGUGCAAGCACCUUGGCCGCAAAACCAGCUUAUGGCUGCCGACAAUUCAACAGGAAGUACAACAGCGUAAGCUUCUCUAUAUGGGCCUUUAUCUGCUCAUAUGGGGCGAGGCGGCUAACUUGCGAUUUAUGCCAGAGUGUCUUUGCUACCUCUUUCAUCAUAUGGCUUUUGAAUUGUACAGUGUGUUGGCCGGAAAUGUGAGCCCAACAACUGGUGAAAAUGUUAGACCAUCCUAUGGUGGGGAAGAAGCCUUCAUGAAGAAAGUUGUGACUCCAAUUUGCAAAAUUGUAGAGAUGGAAGAUGAAAGGAGCAAGACAAUAAAACCAAAAUACUGUCAUCGGAGAAAUUAUGAUGAUCUCAAUGCGUACUUUUGGUCAAGCGAUUGUUUUCGAUUAGGAUGGCCAAUGAGGCCGAUGCUGAUUUUUUCAAGAAGAGGAGCAACCUGUGCGAGUUGUGCUCUUCUUCCACACCACAAGUGUGUGUGCGUAUGUGCUUCAUCUUGGCCACAGUCAGGUCUUGGGUCCAACAGUCACGGCGGUGGUGCUGGUGGAGUGGACGAGGCUCGCCAGAGUUCAUAUGGUCGUCAACAGUUAGUGAUGGGUCAGUGAGUGAUCUGGAGUACUGCUUGAUUGGCAACAAAUGACUACUGUCUAUUAAUCCCGCUUUCUGUAAUAGAACUUGUACUCCUUGUUU